UUUCAAUAUGUAUACGUUCUUUACUUUGAUAGUCGCUUGUUUAGCGAUAACUGCCUAUGGCUUUCCAGACACUCACAUUGUUGGUGGAAGGGAUGCGCCAAUCGGCAAGUUCCCGUAUCAAGUAUCUUUGAAAAAAUCCGGACGUCAUUCCUGCGGUGGAUCCAUCAUCAAUCGUUCUACCAUUCUCACUGCCGCUCACUGUUUAGUAGGCUAUCGCUUGAAUCCCAGUGCUCUCAAAUCAUUAACUAUUCACGCCGGCACAAAUCUGCUAAGCGAAAAUGGUACUGUCUACAAAGCUAAACAAGCCAUCCUUCACGAGGCUUUCGAUUCUGUUAGAAUAAUCAAUGACAUUGGUUUACUUAUUCUGUCAACUCCAAUUAAAUAUACCAAAUAUAUACAGCCUAUAUCACUUGCAACUACCGACAUUGCUCCCAGUGGCUCUUACUGCAUCUUAUCUGGAUGGGGAAGAAUUAAGACUGGUGGUAUAACUCCUGACAAGUUGCAAGAGAUUGAGUUAAAUGUUUAUGAUUUAAAUAAAUGCCAUCAAAAACAGAGAAAAGUACAAUUUAGUCACAUUUGCACACUCACCAGAAUAGGUGAAGGCGCGUGCCACGGAGAUUCCGGUAGUCCUCUUGUUUCUAAUGGUGUUCAGAUUGGUAUUGUCUCUUUUGGUAGACCAUGUGCUCGGGGAUGGCCCGAUGUAUACACUAGAGUGGCUUCUUUCAAGGAAUGGAUUAAAAAUUAUGUCGAAUAAUAGAACAAAACAAAAUAUAUUUUAAGCAAUAUUAAAUAAAACAAUAUUAAAAUAUAUUUUAUAUAUUAUUAUUUAAAUGUAUUAAUAUUCUUUAUUAUACAAAAAUUGCAAAAGUAUAUUUUGUAAAACGUUUAACAAGUUUAACAUACGAUAAAUAAUAAUUAUAAUUAUAUUUAUGAAUAAGAAAGAAAAAAUCAUUUUUCAAAAUAAUUUUUUAAUAAUUA